ACGCUCCCCGGCAUCGCAAGUCAGCUUUGAUGGCCAUUAUGGCCUUCACAGGCGUGGCUGGCCCUCCGAAGCUCAAUCAUGAUGCAUCGCCAAUACGAUAUCAAAUAUCAAAAUAAAAAUAUCAAUGUUGAAAGUUUCCCGCCACUGUGAACUCUGCGAAGCCGUACAGAUAUGAGGAUGUGCAGCGUUUGACAGAGCAAGACAAGUCAGGUGAGCAUUUAUCUCUUUUUUUUUCAUCGAAAUUAUCACGGGAAGAGAUCCAAAUGACGUGUUCUUGAUGCAGGUUGGAAUGAUUUGCAGCCUUUGGCAACUUGUAUGAGAUUGAUGAACGGGUGAAGACUUUGGCAAGUGCCCAACCAAUAUUACAAACCGGUAUCCAGGAGUACGUAGACGUACCAGUAAGCCGCCCAGCAUACAAAACUCUCGAGACAAUGGCUGCAUACGAAGGGGUUUUCGACACAUCGCAGAACUGUCCCGAUGUGAAAAGGUUGUGACAUGAAAUGGGCACAAACAAAGAUAAGUUCAGGACUCGGGAGUCGAUCAGGUCUAGGCAAAAUAUUGACAUGGUCAUCUCACUGCAUGGAAGAACAUGCAAAACUGAAGGAAAAGCUCAACAGAAAGUUCUAAAUGAACAUCUACAGCGCAUUUUAGCAGUCACGGUCGGAGCAGGUUGAUGCUUGAAACAAAGAUGAUCCUCAGUACAAUCGAAUGAUGACAAGUAAGUCCCGUGGUUCGUGAAGGAUUCUUCAUCCAAUUCUUAAGGAUGU